CAUCACGUGUCCAAUAAUAAUCAAAAUGGAGAAAACGUACAUUUCCUCCUUUGCUUUACUUUUCCUGUUCUGCUGCGUUUCAGUUGCCGAUAAAGUUCCAGUUCUUUUAUGGUCACCUACCAGACCAUUGAGUGAUCUACCCCCAACGUAUGCUGGUAACAGCAUUGAUAGCAGUUCCUUUCAUCAGAAAUAUAUUGCCCCAUUAACAUCAAAACCAGGACAGAACCUGGUUGCAUUCAUUCAAGACAAGCUGAGUUUGGAAGAUUUCACAAAGCAUGCUGAUGUAUACAACCCCUUCAGUGAUGGAGGUGCCUUUAAGAAUGUUAAGGGUUUCAUGGACGACCAUUUUUCUGCUGAUCUGCCAUCAGUCCAUUCUCCACACUCUGUCCUUGACCUUCUGAAAAAAGACUUUGUGGGCAAAAUACAUCAGGUGACUUCACCAUCAGAGUUGUCCAAACUGUCCCUCAACAAGGAUGAGAGUUAUCUUAUCCUGGUAACUCUUCCUGCCAUUCAGGGCGCGGCUGAUGAAGGAAAAGCUUUUUCAAAGAAUGAUGAACUGAUUGCUGAAGUAAUCAAACAGCUGGGGAAGAUGGCCAUUCAGUACACAGCAAUGUACACAGCCAAGAGGUCAAAGCGCGAUGUGAAGAGUGAAACGGCUCACAGAGGCCGUCACCUGCUAGCUACGGAAGGUGGAAACAAGUCGUACAUAUUUGUGAACUACACCAACCAGAUUUACUUCUAUGCCCGCGGCAUUAAGCUGGAUAUCAUGAGAGGCAGGACGUCUGUUGAGAUGUUGAACUUGCCGACAGCCCCCGAUAAAUACAGCGACAAUGGGACAGAAGUGAUGAAUAACACUGCAGUGUUUCAGUUGUCGUUUCAAUCAGUGACGCCUUUAAAUAAGACAGAAGAAUACAAUGUUUCCUUCAGGUUUGAGCUGAAAACACAUGCAAUGGCCUGGUCGUUGCAGAACCUCACUGUGAGUGUGGACAGUGCGAACCAGUCUAAUUCCGUGAAGGACUUGUUGAUGAACGUGCGGGAGCUGUACAUGGAUCUGCCCGUCAAGUUCUCAUAUCACUGCUCUCUUAUGACCUUGACCUCAAUAGACAAGAAUGGAACCUACGUGAAAAUUACAUUCAAUGGUUUUCAGUUUCAGCCAUUUCGAAGCAAGGGAAAUCGGUUUGGUGAUGGGUGGGACUGCGUGGGCUACUUCACCACCCCCAUUCUGAUGGGGCUGCUGCCCGUGGCAAUGUUGGUGUUCAUUCUCUUCUGUGGAAUGUACAUGCUGGCCGGUCUCAGCACCAUGGACCGAUUUGACGACCCCAAGGGCAAAACUGUUAACGUUAAUGUCCAGGAAUAAGCAGAUGAACUUCGUGAUAGA